GAAGGCGAGGGGCGAGGGGCGAGGGGGUCCAGAUGCGGAGUAUGGUUCUAAUUUACCCCAAAAGUCUGUCCUUUUCCCUCUUCCAUCCCCCAAUUUAUUCUACGCUUUUCCUCAGGCUACACGGCCCAGGCAUGGGGAUAAGUGCUCAGUCGCUCAGAAUGUCAACCAGGGAUACGGAAAAAACGACAGUCUACAUUAGUCCGGAUGACGAGGACUGGCUUUACGGAGACAACAACAACGACGUGGACGAUGACGCUGGUGACGAUGACGAUAAGAAGACAGAGACUGAAAUUUUCAGUGCCCUGGUUGGAGAUGUGGAAGGUGUUAAUGGAGCGGAUAAUCAGGAUGUCGAAGCAGGCGGUGACACGGAAAGUGAUGACAACUUGAGUGUUACCAUCGGCAGCAUCAAAACGGAUAAGAUCCAGAGCACUAACACAACUGUCAAUCUCAAGAGCUCAGGCAUAACCACAGCGUCAGGCACCAAGGUCAGAGGAGUGACUCUGGUUGUAUUGGACAGCAACACUGGUACUCCAGCACUGGGGGUGAAUGAAGAGCUAGAGGAGAAGCCUUGGAGAAAACCUGGUGCAAACCUGUCAGACUAUUUCAACUACGGCUUCAACGAGGACACCUGGAAGUCAUAUUGUGACAAACACAGAAGACUGCGCAUGAGCCUAGAGUUCAUGACGUUAGGGUCAUCUGCCAAAAACACGGAUACUCACAAUGUGCUCCUCUCUAAAUCAGAUUGCUCCUCCGGGAAGUUGAAAAGCACCAUCGAUGUAAUCGAAGGGCAAGCAGAGACCAUCAUUCGCAUGGAAGGGCGAAGAAAUCACAGUACAGAUGGAAGCAUAACGCAGGUGCAGUCUUCUUCCGAACAGCCCGUGCAUGCUGGGCCGCUAUCCACUAAUUUGCCUCCUUAUUUCCCCCCCAUCAUUCCUCCUCCACCUUUUCCUCUUCUCUCCAUCAGUAGCACUCCUCCUUUUGUACAACAGCUCCCACGACCGUCUAUGAGUGUGCCACCACCACCCGGUUUUCCACUCCCUCCUGAAGUUCCUUCUCCUCCUUUUACAUCAAGCAGUUGCAGCGGCCGGCCGGGAGGAAGCUACGAUGUCCGCUGUGCCCCGCCGUAUCCCUUUGCUGCAGGUGUGUAUCCACACACUCCGAGGCACAUGACCCCAUGGCCGGGCUUGAGCGAGCAUGCAAAAGCGUGGAAUUAUUCCAGCUGCCAGGACAAAGACAGAGACCGAGGGAAGGACAGAGAGAAGACUCGGGAACGAGAGGCCAAGAACGAGCAGGAGAAAGAGCGCGAUCAGGAGAACACACCCUCGUUUCAGAGCCGCAGCAGUGACCGAGAGCGUGCCUCACGUCACAGGGACCACAGUGAGCGCGAGAGAACAAGACAUCGGGAGCAUGAUAGAGAAGGGAGAGAAAGAGAAAGAGAAGAGCGGCAUCGUGACAGGAGACACAGGGACCGCAACGAGCGACACAAAUCCUCACACAGCAGCAGUCGGAGAAGCGAUGACGGAGAGAGCCACAGGAGACACCGAUACAAGCGCUCCAAACGCAACAAGGACAACACAGACACAGAGUCCAGUGACUGAGUGUGAAAGAUCAUUCCAUCUUAAAGCCGAUAAUCAUUCUGCAGCUGGACAGAACCAGCAUCGUCCCUUUAUUUGACCCACGUUAAGGUCGAGCUUGUUAAGAGCUGAGUUCUUUUCAUUUUAUGCUGAUAUGCAAACUGCUUUAACAACUCGUUUAUUAUCCAGGUUCUGACGAGACCAAAGACAAUGAAACGUUUUUUUUUGUUUGUUUGUUUGUUUGUUUUUUUUUAAUUUAGGCUAAUUUAUUCUAAGAUGAUUUGUAUAGGAAAACAAAAACAUUUUGGAUUGUUAAGCAGGAAUGAAUUUUAUUUGUGUUGUGCCAGAG